AAGAAAAUGGUCAGGUGCAAUUACUCCACUGUAACUGAGUUUGUCCUUGAAGGAUUAACACACCAGCCAGAACUCCAGCUGCCUCUCUUCUUCCUGUUUCUAGGAAUCUACGGGGUCACAGUGGUGGGAAACCUGGGCAUGAUCCUCCUGAUCACUUCAAGUUCCCAGCUCCAUUCUCCCAUGUACUUUUUUCUUGGUAAUUUGUCAUUCUUAGAUCUUUUUUAUUCUUCAGUGGUCACCCCCAAACUCCUGGGAAACUUCAUAUGGGAGAAAAAUGUAAUUUCCUACUCUGGAUGUAUGACGCAGCUCUUUUUCUUUUGUGUUUUUGUUAUUGGAGAGUGUUUCAUGUUGACAGCAAUGGCCUAUGACAGAUAUGUGGCUAUCUGCAAUCCUCUGCUAUACAGUGUCACCAUGUCUCCAAAGGUGUGUAAUCUGUUAGUGAUUGGAGUCUACACAGUGUCUACACUGGGCGCUUUAGCCCAUACAGUUGCCAUGACAAGGCUUUCCUUUUGUGGGGACAAUGUCAUCCACCAUUACUUCUGUGAUGUGUUUCCUCUUCUGAAGCUCUCCUGCUCCAGCACCCAUGUCAAUGAGCUCCUGAUGAUCUUUAUAGGUGGAUUCAACGUGUUGGCCUCAACUCUUCCCAUCUUCAUUUCUUAUGCCUUUAUUAUUGCCAAAAUUUUUCAGAUGCCAUCAACUGAGGGCAGAUCUAAAGCCUUCAGUACCUGUGGUUCUCACUUGACAGCAGUUGGGGUCUUUUAUGGUUCGGCUAUAUUUAUGUAUUUUAAGCCCUCCUCCAGCAAUAUGGCUCAGGAGAAGGUGGCUUCUGUGUUCUAUGCCACUGUGAUCCCUAUGCUAAAUCCCUUGAUCUACAGCUUGAGAAAUAAGGAUGUAAAGAAUGUGCUGAGAAAAGUCAUGAGGAAAAGAUAA